UGUUACUUACAGAAUAAUACUCAGUUGGUACACUAUUACGAGACAGAACAAUAAAUAAUGUUACUUUUUAUAACAGUCCUAAUGCUCAAUGUUUGGACCACAAUGACAGCUAGUUUAUUUUCACCAAACAUAAACAUCAUUGAAGAACUGGAAAAAAUUAAAAACAUGGAAACAAAGAUCAAAUCCAUGGAGCAGGAAAUUGAGCGGCUAAAAGCAGAAAAUGCAGGAAGGGUGAAAGUAGCCUUUUCAACCUCACUGUCAGAUUCAUCGGGUAUGAUAUAUAUCGGCCCUUUUGCACAGGAAACUGAUCUUGUUUAUAAUAAAAUAUUUACCAACAUUGGAAAUGCAUAUGAUUGUGAUACAGGAAUAUUUACUGCACCAGUAAAAGGAGUCUAUUUUUUCAACCUUGUGCUCUUUACUAAUGAUGCCGUAUCAGCUGGGGUGAAACUGCUAAGGAAUGGUAAACUUGUGGUUGGAGUGACAGAUAACCCUCCUGAAAAAAAAGGAGACUAUGAGGACACGGCGAGCAACUCUGUCAGUCUUCUUCUGGAAGAAGGGGACCAAAUAAGCCUAAAACUUUUGGAAAACCGUCGUAUCUACACAGAUGGGUUCAAACGUAACACUUUUAGUGGACACCUUCUUUUUACUAUCUAAUGUUGUAUUAAGAUAAAAUAAUAAGCAAAAUCUAAUAUUUCUGAAGCUGAGAAGUGAAAAAAAAAGUUUUUUAAAUCAUUAAACAAUUCAAUGACUCAAAAAUAUUCUGUCUCUAAAAUCGUAAUAGAUCGUACUAUUAUGUCUUUCUUUUUUCUUUCCUUUAUAACCUGUUUUAACACAUUUUAAUCUUUUAAAUUAUUUUUAUUCUUUAUUGUUUUUAUUUUCAUAUACUUGUUUAUUUUAUUCCUGCAAAGUACUUUGAAUUACCAUUGUGUAUGAAAUGUGCUAUAAAAACAUCUCAUCCAUCUUUCAGAUGUGGUUGUUAAAAAUCCCAGGAUGUCCUCCAAAAAAGAGUAAAGGUUUAACCCUGGCAUGCUGGCCAAAUUUGCCCACCGGCCUCUGUCCAUCAUGGCCUCCAAACCAUCCCCAUAUCAUAAUGAGCUCCAUGCACAGCUAGAGUUUUAUAGCCAACGAUAAACUUCCGGUGAAAGCUUAAUGUGACUAUUUUUUAACUCCACAAGGUUGUUUUAACAGCAUCAAUAUUGUAAUGUAAUUACAAUACAUUCAGUAAAAUAGACUUAGAGAUAAAAGACUGUUGUAACCACAAGAGCUGUCAGUAGCAACAGGCUAGCGCAGAAAUUCUAUUGAAAAUACUGGGGUAAAAUAAACUCAUAUUUUAAAGACAUGGCGGGGGGAAAUGGAAUUUAAUGCAGUGCUUCUUGUCCGAUGUGAGAUCCACUUCAUAUCGUAUAUCUAACAGGCAGUGAAGAAAGCUGAUUUUUAAAGACGUGACAGUUUUGCAAUGAAAAGACCAGACCCUUGGGCUGCCUGGCUGAAAAUUAAAAGUCUGUGUGCAUAUAACCCACUGGUUUUAUCACGCCGUCUCCGCUCCACCAAUCAGCUGGUGUGUGGUGUGGCCUGGUGCAAUAUAGCUGCUGUCAUGUCAUCCAGGUCGAUUCUGCACACUGGUGGUGGAUGAGGGGAUUUCCCCUUAAUGUGUAAAGCGCUUUGACUGUCUAGAAAACCACUAUAUAAAUGUAAAGAAUUAAAUAAACUUGCCUUUCCUACCUUGCCUUUCCUGCCCAAAAGAAAAACCAGAGCACUGUUAAAAACCUAAAUUUGAAGAAAUAUGCCUUUUUCCCUAAAUAAA